AAAAAUAAAUAACAUAAAAAGUAUACAAAUAAAGGGAAAAAAAGGACUUCAGAUAGAACACAAGGGAAUGCAAUAUUUAAAGUGUGCACAGAAGAAAAAUGAGGAUAUGACAGUGAAGAGUGAAAAAAAAAUAAUAAGAGAAUUAGAGAACAGUGGUAUUACUGAAGCCAAGAGAGGAGAUAGUAUUAAGGGCAGAGCUGUCAAAGGAAGCUGUCAAGGAAAGAAGUUCCAUAAGAAUAUGGGAGACGAUGGGACCUAGAACAACAUGGAUUGCCCUAGAACAGAGUUGAAAAUUUUUUCACACUGCAAGAGAACAUCAGUAGGACAGGAGGAGUGCACAGGAGAUACACUUAAACUUGCAAAAAGAUGACCGACCUAUUGAGAAGUGUUGUCACCGUCAUUGAUAUUUUCUACAAAUACACCAAGCAAGAUGGGGAGUGUGGUACACUGAGCAAGGAUGAGCUAAAGGAACUUCUGGAGAAAGAGUUUCGUCCAAUUCUAAAGAACCCAGAUGAUCCGGACACAGUGGAAGUCAUCAUGCAUAUGCUGGAUCGAGAUCAUGACCGCAGACUAGACUUCACUGAGUUUCUUUUGAUGGUAUUCAAGCUGGCUAUGGCAUGCAACAAGGUUCUCAGCAAAGAAUACUGCAAAGCUUCAGGGUCAAAGAAGCAUCGGCAUCAUCACCGACACCAAGAGGAAGAAAGUGAAACAGAAGAGGAAACACUGGGACAGAAAUCAGGUUAUAGACAUUCAAGUUGGAGUGAGGGAGAGGAGCAUGGAUACAGUUCUGGGGGUUCAAGGGAAACUGGGAAACAUAGACAUGGUUCCAACGCCUGGAGGCUAGGAAGGCCAGGUAAUCUAUCCAGUUCAGGGAACCAAGAGAGAGCUGAGAACAGGCACCAUGGGUCUCCCUCUGAUCACUCAUGGAGUAGUGGCAAAGAGAGACAUGGUUACAGCUCUGGAAAGCUGGAGGAAAGAGGAAAAAAGUCACAUGUUAGUCCCUCUAGGGAAUCUGGUGAGGAAUACAAAUCUGGAUCUGGAUCACAGAGUCAGGGAAGGAUAGGUCAUGGUGGGCUGUCACAUGGGCUGGAGACUAGUGGGCAUGAAUCAAACUCUACUCAGUCAACAAGUAAAGGACAAAAACUUGGCUCUAGAUCUGUAGGUUCAGGAGACUGUGGGAGACAAAGUUAUACAUGUGGUUACAGUAAUUCAGGUGGGUGUGGAAGACCACAAAAUGUUUCUAAUUCUUGUCAGGCAAGUAGAUUUGGAGGGCAAAGAAAUCAGUCUAGCUGUACCCAAUCAGGUUGUCAGUCAGGAAGUAGUGGAGGACAAGGUCAUGGCUGUGUCUCAGGAGGUCAGUCCUCUGGAUACAGUCAACCUGAGCCUAGCUCCUGCAGCCAGUCCUCUAGUCACAGAGGAUAUGAAACUAGAGAAUGUAGUCAACCACAGUACUGUGGAGGACAACAGAGAAUAGGCUCAAGUCAAUCCUCUUGCUGUGGACAAUAUGGGUCUAGACCAAGUCAGUCUGGUAGUUAUGGCCAACAUGGAUCUGGUUCCUGUGGGCACCAUUCAAACUCUUGUCAAAAAGGGUCUAAUGAGUUUUCCCAAUGUGGUCAACAUGAGUCUGGUUCAGGUCAGUCUUCUAGGUGUGAGCAAAAUAAAACAGGCUUGAGUCAGUCCUCUAGCCGUGGACAAUCUGGGUCAGGCUCAAGUCAAACUUGCUGUGGCCAGUAUGGGUCUAGAUCAAGCCAAUCUUCUGGCUAUGGUCAGCAUGGGUCUAGCUCAGGUCAAUCCUCUGGCUCUGGACAUGGGUCAUGCUCAGGUCAGUCCUCUGGCUAUGGCCAAUGCAGGUCUGGUUCAGGUCAGUCCUCUGGCUUUGAACAACAUGGGUCUGGCUCAGGUCAGUCAUCUGGCUUUGGACAACAUGAAUCUGGUUCAGGUCAGUCUUCUGGCUUUGGACAACACGAAUCUGGCUCAGGUCAGUCUUCUGGCUUCGGACAACAUGGGUCAGGCUCAGGUCAGUCCUCUGGCUUCAGACAACACAGGACAGGUUCAGGUCAGUCCUCUGGCUUUGGACAACAUGGGUCUGGCUCAGGUCAGUCCUCUGGCUUCGGACAACAUGGGUCGAGCUCAGGUCAGUCCUCUGGCUUCAGACAACACAGGACAGGUUCAGGUCAGUCCUCUGGCUUUGGACAACAUGGGUCUGGCUCAGGUCAGUCCUCUGGCUUCGGACAACAUGGGUCGAGCUCAGGUCAGUCCUCUGGCUAUGGCCAACACACACAUGGUUCAGGUCAGUCCUCUGGCUUUGGACAACAUGAAUCUGGUUCAGGUCAGUCUUCUGGUUUUGGACAACAUGAGUCAGGCUCAGGUCAGUCCUCUGGCUUUGGACAACAUGGGUCAGGCUCAGGUCAGUCCUCUGGUUUCGGACAACAUGGGUCUGGCUCAGGUCAGUCCUCUGGCUAUGGCCAACACACACAUGGUUCAGGUCAGUCCUCUGGCUUUGGACAACAUGAAUCUGGUUCAGGUCAGUCCUCUGGCUAUGGCCAACAGGGAUCAAGCUCAGGUCAGUCCUCUGGCUACAGGCAGCACAGGUCAGGCUCAGGUCAGUCCUCUGGCUUUGGACAACAUGGGUCCGGCUCAGGUCAGUCCUCUGGCUUUGGACAACAUGGAUCAGGCUCAGGUCAGUCCUCUGGCUUCGGACAACACAGAUCAGGCUCAAGUCAGUCCUCUGGCUUCGGACAACAUGGGUCGAGCUCAGGUCAGUCCUCUGGCUAUGGCCAACACACACAUGGUUCACGAAAACCAGAGGAACGGACCUUGAGCCUGGACCCAUCUUCCUUUUGCAACACCCGGAAAUCUGGCUCGGCGAGUCUGUUCCGGCUUCCGAAACAACCAUGGGCCAGGCUCAGGCUCAAGGUCCGUUCCUCUGGUUUUCGUGGUUUCGGACAACAUGGGUCUGGCUCAGGUCAGUCCUCUGGCUAUGGCCAACACACACAUGGUUCAGGUCAGUCCUCUGGCUUUGGACAACAUGGGUCGAGCUCAGGUCAGUCUUCUGGCUAUGGCCAACACACACAUGGUUCAGGUCAGUACUCUGGCUUUGGACAACAUGAAUCUGGUUCAGGUCAGUCCUCUAGUCUUGGACAACAUGGGUCAGGUUCAGGUCAGUCCUCUGGCUAUGGCCAACACACACAUGGUUCAGGUCAGUCCUCUGGCUAUGGUCAACAAGGAUCUGGCUCAGGUCAGUCCUCUGGAUUUGGACAACAUGGGUCAGGAUCAGGUCAGUCCUCCGGCUUUGGACAACACGGGUCUGGCUCAGGUCAGUCCUCCGGCUUUGGACAACAUGGGUCUGGCUCAGGUCAGUCCUCUGGCUUUGGACAACAUGGGUCUGGCUCAGGUCAGUCCUCUGGCUUUGGACGACAUGGGUCCAGCUCAGGUCAGUCCUCCGGCUUUGGACAACAUAGGACUACCUCAGGUCAGUCCUCUCAAUAUGGACAACAUGAGUCUGACUCAAGUAAAUCCUCUCACUAUGGCCAACAUGGGUAUAACUCAGGUCAGUCAACUGGCUUUGGACAACAGGGGUCAAGAUCACAUCAGUCCAGUUAUGACCAACAAGGCACAAAUACUCACUGGCAGUCAAGAGAUACCGCUAGACGUGCCCAGUCUGGUCAUGGACAAGCCACACAAUCGGGGUCGAGUACAACUAGAAGAAGGAGAUCUAGUCAGAGUGAGUCCAGUGACAGCGAAGAACACUUAGAAGGCUCACACACACACUCAGGACACACUCAUGGCCAGUCUGGAUCCCAACAUGGACAGUCAGGAUCCACAGCACAAGGGAGACAGGAAAGUACUCAUGGGCAGUCAAGAGAUACCUCUGGACGUGCUCAGUCUAGUCAUAGACAGUCCACACAGUCAGGCUCUCAUACAGCUGAAAGAAGGAAACCUAGACAGAGCCAUGCCAGUGAUAGUGCAAGAGCUAAUGCCCAGUCUGGGCAUGGAGAAGCCACAAAAUCAGGGUCCAGUACAACUGGAAGAAGGGGAUCUAGUCACAGUGAGUCCAGUGACAGUGAAGAGCAUUCAGAAGGCUCACACAGACACUCAGGGCACACUCAUGGCCAGUCUGGAUCCCAACAUGGACAGUCAGGAUCCACAGCACAAGGGAGACAGGAAAGAACUCACAGGCAGUCAAGAGAUACCGCUAGACAUGCCCAGUCUGGUCAUGGACAAGCCACACAAUCGGGGUCCAGUACAACUGGAAGAAGGGGAUCUAGUCACAGUGAGUCCAGCGACAGUGAGGAGCAUUCAGAAGGUCACACACACUCAGGACACACUCAUGGCCAGUCUGGAUCCCAACAUGGACAGUCAGGAUCCACAGCACAAGGGAGACAGGAAAGAACUCACAGGCAGUCAAGAGAUACAGCUAGACAUGCCCAGUCUGGUCAUGGACAAGCCACACAAUCAGGGUCGAGUACAACUGGAAGAAGGGGAUCUAGUCACACUGAGUCCAGUGACAGUGAAGAGCAUUCAGAAGGCUCACACACACACUCAGGACACACUCAUGUAACGGGCGGAUCCCAACAUGGAGAGUCAGGAUCCACAGUUGGAGGGAGACAGGAAACUACUCACUGGCAGAGAAGAGAUAGAGCUACACAUCCAAGGUCUACUCAUGGGCACACCACAUCUACCCUUGGACAAUCACCUUCUGGGACAAGAGACAGAAUUGGGUCCAGCCAUACACAGACUCAUCAUACUCACAGGCAGUCAAGGGAUAGCAUAAGCAAUCAGUCAAGUAGUAGUUACAGUCAUUCUAGAUCAAGUCAUUUUCAUUCAAGAAACAGUGGAAGACAAAGACAUGGAUCAAGUCAAGGCUGGACACAUGGCAGCUAUGGACGUGCAGAAUAUGACUAUGGGCAGUCUGGGUAUGGACCUUCUGGGGGCAGCAGAACAAGCAGUCGCAAUUCUAGCCCUUUGAGCACCAUCAUUGAUAUUUUCCACCAGUAUUCAACAAAAGAUAAGGACACUGAAACAUUGAGCAAAAAAGAGCUGAAGGAACUUGUGGAAACACAAUUUAAGCCAAUCCUGAAGAAUCCAGAUGACCCAGAUAUUGCUGAUGUCUUCAUGCAUAUCCUGGAUCUAGACCACAACAAGAAAAUAGACUUCACAGAGUUCUUUGUGAUGAGAGGAGAGGAAGACGAAGAUGAAUUUAAUUAUGAAAAUACAGGACGAAUGACUACAGAAUGGAAAGACAUAGGUUACGGUUAUUCAUAUUACACAAGAGAACAAGGUGCAUCCCUUACAAAUGAGAGUGACUUGAAAGAAAAUGGAAGAAGAAACAGCUCAAGGUCUGAUCAUCAACAAACAUCCAGUCACAGAGACAGAUCAAAACAACCACAGUCUGAGAACAGGGGGGCAUCGGGGACAGGGACAAACAGCAGACACCAGGGAUCCAGUGUCAGUCAGGACAGUGAGAGUGAAGGACACUCGGAGGACUCAGAGAGACAGUCUGGGUCUGGUUCCAGAACCCAUGCCGGAUCUGCCCAUGGACAGUCAAGAGAUGACUCUAGACACUCUGGGUCCCAGCAACGGGACAGAGGCAGUCGCGGACACUCUGAGUCUGCCCACGGACACUCAGAAUCCGGUGCCAGUGGAAGACAACGGGCUAGCCAUGGACAGUCUGUAGACAGCUCCAGACCAUCGGGCUCUCGUCACGGAGAGCCUUCCUCUCACGGACAGGCUGAGUCUUCCCACGGGCAGUCAAGAUCAGGUGCAAGAGGAAGACAAGAGUCCCACCACGAGCAGUCAACGGACAGCGCCAGACGCUCAGGGGCUGGACGUGGACAAUCGUCCCCCGCAUCCCGGGCAAACAGACACCAGGGAUCCGGCGUCAGUGAGGCCAGUGAGAGUGAAGGACAAUCAGAAGAGUCAGACAGUCAGUCAGUGUCAGCCCAGGGAAGGUCUCGGCACAGUCACCAGAACCAACAAGACUCCGCACAUGGCCCCUCAGAGGAAACGUAUAGAUACUCAAGGUCUCUCCUGUACUACAAACCACCUCAUGAGGACUCCGAGUCCUCCCAUGGACAGCACGGAUCCGACACUAGAGGAAGACAAGGAUCCCGCCACGAACAGGCUCCAGACAGCUCUAGACACUCAGCGUCUCAUGAGGGUCAGGCAAGCGCUCAUGGGCAUUCAGGGUCCGGCAGAGGAGGAAGGCAGGGGUCCCGUCAUGAGCAGUCAGGAGACAGUUCUGAACACUCAGGGUCCCACCACCAACAGGCAGCCUCGCACGGAGGGUCUGGUUCUUCCCAUGGUCAGGCAGGAUCCAGGAGUGCAAGCAGACCAAGAUCCGGCCAGGAACACGCAGGAGACAGUGCUAGGCGGUCAGGGUCUCGCCACCAAGACACAUCCCCUCACGCAGGCAGCUCUAGGCACUCACAGUCUGGGCAGGGCCAAACAUCUGGGUCCAAGCCAAGCAGACACCAGGGAUCCAGUGUCAGUCAGGACAGUGAGAGUGAAGGACACUCGGAGGACUCAGAGAGACAGUCUGGGUCUGGUUCCAGAACCCAUGCCGGAUCUGCCCAUGGACAGUCAAGAGAUGACUCUAGACACUCUGGGUCCCAGCAACGGGACAGAGGCAGUCGCGGACACUCUGAGUCUGCCCUUGAGUACUCUCACCACCCUUCCAGUACCACAUAUGAUCACUCCAAUUCUCUUUCUCAAGCAACUGGUUAUAGAUCAAAGACACAAUCACUUUACAGUCAUCGUAAUUCUCGGCCUGAUGAUUUUCACUCUCAGAGAUUCUGGCCUAGCACAAGAAGAAAAGAUGACUCCAGCCAUGGGAAAUUGGGAUACAGUCCAGAGUUCUAUCGAGCAUGGAUAUCUACUCAUAGGCAAGCUGGGUCUACCCAUGAAGAAUUUAGGUCCAACAUAAAAGAAAGGCAUGAGUCUAUUUAUAAACAAUCUGGGUCAUCUCACGGGCAAUCAUCUUCUAUAUAUAUUGGAGCCACAGCAAGAAAACAUCAGAGAUCCCCUAUAGAUCAAGCCAAUGAUUGUGAAGGACAAUCAGAAGGCUUAGAGAGACAGCUGACAGAAGACUGUACUAGAUAUUCAGGGUUUUAUCACAGCCAGACAUCCACUAAUGGACAUUCUGGGUUUACUUAUGGGGAAUCUGGGACUAGCACAUGGGAAGAUAAAUAUUGAGCCACUAGCAAUCAGAAAAUAGCUCCAUACACCUAUAGUCAUCUUACAGACAAACUUCAUCCACACAAUCUGAUUCUAGUAAAAGCAGACAAUGCAGAUCCAUUUAUGGUCAGUUUAGAGGUGGUUAAGGAGAUUCAAACAGAAUCAGCAUCAGCUCACAGAUAGUCUGAGUGUGGCCAUGGACAAUGAAAAACAAAUAAAAUAAGCCAAAAAAGAUGUAUCAUGAACAUUCUGAAGACAAUGUUAGAAAUUCAGAGUCUAUUCAUAAACAGAUGAUACCUACCCAUGAACAGUCAGGAUCCAAAACCAAAAGAAUAAUGGAUAGAGCUAGUUCCCUCUAGGAACAAGCAAGUUAUAGUCAUAAGCAGGCAGGAGAUAGAUAAUACAUUCAGAAGCCAGACAAGUAAAACACACGUCAAUUUGGGUCUAACCAUACAGACUGAUAGUAUGGGAGACAAAGGCAAGUAACAGGUUAUGGUUGUAAAUAUGGCAGCUAUGGAAGUGCUGGAUAUGAUUAUAUGUGGUCUAAAAAUAAAAGAGUGGUCAGAUUUGAUUUCAGUCCACUAAAAUCUGGGGAUAGAAGCACAAAUAAGCCCAGCCUCGAGUAGUCAGGAUCUCCCUCGGAUCAUUCAGGGCCCAGAUCAUACACAUAAGACAGAAAGGCAAGGAUUUAAUCUUUGAUACUCAGGAAUAAGCCAUAAACGAUCACUUGAUACUACUGUGUUUCCCC